CCUGCGACAGACUGGGAAAAACCAGUCAUGAGAAUCCAAGAUGCUGCAAGAAGAAGCGUCUGUGGAAACGAGAGGAAAACAGAACAACGCAACUGAAGUCCAGCCUCCUCCUGGUCCAGCUCUCCUAACGGAGGCCUCCCAGCUAUCAGACGCGUUGAAGAAGCCUGGACAUGACCUUCAGAGGCCAACAUGUCCUCGGUGUGGCGUCCCAGUCACUGAAAAGAGACUCAAACCUGCCUCACAGCUGCAGAGCCAACCGCAGGGCACAGUGCACAGCGGCCAUAAGGGCAGCGAUAGUAGGAGAGGAAGGGCCAGAUCCAACCAACCUGCUCCUACACCUGCAGACUCCUGCUUUCAGCUGCUGCUGGCGUGUCUGUGGUGCCGGUUCUCUGCGGUGCUCCUGGGUGUUUUGGAGGCCUCCUCCUGCUGCCUCCAGGGCCUCUGCUCCUCCUGCUGCCACGCCUGCUCCUCCUGCUGCUCGGCCAUCCAGGACGCCCCCGCGGAGGAGUUCAGCUGCCCCACCCACUGCCACUCGGUGCUGUUUGAGUCUUGUUGCGAACCCACAGAGUUUCUGGAGUUCUGCCUGGACUGCUGUGAGAUCUGUCACCGCGGCUAAGCCAGUAGUCUAUCUGAAGGGAUGCAAACGUGCACCCAGAAAAUAAGAUGACUAUUGGUCUGUCUUAAAAGUCCAACAAAAUACAAAGAAGUUUUUAACAUAAAAAUGUUGCAAUGAAAGGUAGUGUUGCUCAUACAGUGCCUACAUGCUUCAUGUGUUUCUAUAGCUGUGAUGAGUGAAGGGCCGCUGCUGCUGCAGGUAAAGAUAAGAACAAACUGAGGAACAAGCCGGAUCGCUUACUUCGUGCCGCCUGAACGUCACCCUCUAAAUUAGAUACCACUGCUGCCUGUUGUCCCUAACAGAACACAGCUGCAUUGUGGGCCAAAAAAACCCACAGCCUAAAUUCUAUUUACUUGCUAACAUGAUUUAAAUGAGCAUCUUUGCUCUCCUGGACAGACUGACAGCAGUGUCUUUAUCGGCACUUAGAUUUAUUUUUGGCUGUUUACCGUCUGCUUCUCUGCUGUCAUCUCGCUCUGCAGCUUUUUAAUGAAGCCAGCUCAGAUCUUCUGAGAUCUAGAGACAGUAAGCAUCUUCUUUAUGCCUCAAAGUGCCUUAUUUGACAAAUAUGAUAAAGGAUUAAAGCGAGAGAUGACAAGUUUUUUAUUAGCAGUGUAGAGGGAGUCACAUUGGAGGCAGUUUAGAUGUAAAGCAAUAGACCUUUUCUGUUUGUGGUCGUUUAUUAAAACAUUAUGUGCCUUUUAGUUCUGUUACAUUUAAACUGAUGAUGGGAAAAAUAAACUGCUCUCAUACCAAG